CUUGGUGGAUAUUAUAUUCUACUAGACAAACUGUCAAAUGUGAAAUCAAAAAAAUAUUCUCGUUGUUUUUAAUUUAUUUAUUUCUAUGAAAUAGAGGAAAUCUCGAGGCGGCGAAUCCGCGGUUCGCUGCCAUCCUUUAAUUAUUGCCUGCAGUCUACCUGUUAUCUGUCAUAAAAAAGAAGAAAAAUGAAGUCCUUCGGCAUGAAGAUAUCUCCCAGGGGAUUGAUUCAGAGUACAUUCCCAAGACUCCAAUCAACAGCUGUCCAGGUGUCAUCAUCAGCUCCUGUGAUAGAAAUACCGAUGAAAAAGGAACGAGGACCCACGGAUAUUCUUCGAGCCCUUGAGAGAACGAUCUCACGUGAUCCAACAGCACCCAAAUACAAAUACCACGAUGAUCCUUACUUAAUUCCAUACUCAAACCACCAGAAGAGGACAUUCGCACUAGCCCAGGAAUCCGGGAGGAAAACUGCGAUGUGGAUUCGUGCAGAACACGCCGAUCUCUUUCAACACAGAGUCGCUGAUCCAGUAAUCGAGGCAUUCCUACCGAAGACAGUCUACACAGACAAAGAUAAAGUCUCUGAACAACUCCUGAAUGACAUCAUAAAAAGUGGACAGAAAUCAGAUGCAAUAGCUAUUUAUGAAUUAUUAGAAGAGGAAGUAUCAGAUGAUACGAGACAGUCACUUCUGGAAUUACUGUGUUUUUACAACAGCAACGAGAAAUUUCCUGGGGAACUGCUCGAGGAGAAGUGGUUCAAGAGGAGUGAGAAGCCCCAAGUCUGGAAACAUUGUCUUAUCACGGAUAAAAUCUUUGAAACACUCAAGAAGAAAGAGAGUACAGCUGCCAAGGCUUACAAUGCUAUGAUCUGUGGUCAGGCUAAAUUCAUGAAGGCUAAUGCUGCUUGGACUCUCCUGGAAGAGGCUCAGAAGAAAGGCUAUCCAAUAGCUCUAGAAACCUACAACAUAUUGAUCGGAGUUAUUUCAUAUUUGAAAGAUGGAACACGAGAGCGGCUGGCUGAAUUGACUAAUAUUUAUCGACUGAUGAAUAACGCCUUCAUCACUCCGGACUCUGGGACACUGACUCAGUCAGUGAAACUAGCUGCAGCUAUCCCAAGACAUUUGUCUGCUGUGGAAAUCUGUAAAGAUAUAUUCACAGAGUUCAAGGACGCUGGGGUGGAGCCAUCGCUGUCAUCUUAUUAUUACGCUUUGACAAUUUUUUAUAAAAAAGCUGAAGGCAAUAGUGCACCAAGUGCUCUUCUACGGGAAAUAAUUACAGAACUCGAAGGGAGAGGAGAGAUUAAAAUGAUUGAUUCAAUGGACACAUUUUUCUUUACGUUGGCGAUGGAAAUAGCUGCGACUUAUCUCGAGGAUCCAUACGUUGCUGAUAGAAUCCACAAACUUCUCCUCAGUAAUGACAACUACAAAUUAAUAGGAGAUGGAUUCAGCGAGAGUGUUUAUUACCGUUUUUAUCUGCAAGUUCACGUGAAAAAUAAUACUCUAGAUGAGUUUAUGAAGUUUUAUUAUGAUCCCCUUGUUCCUCAUCUUUACACUCCAGAGCCCAAUAUUAUGAGGGAAAUUCUUCAAGCCGUUGGUGCUAAUGACCCUGAAAUUGGUACUCCACUACUUCCGAGGUUGUGGACACAUCUGGUGCAGUUUAAUUACCUUGAGAGGAAGGAUCUCGUCUCCAAGGCACUGCAUUUGAUGACGGGACACUGUGUACCACCAAAGGAUUCCCCGAUUCAUCAGAUGUACGCCGAUGCUGCAUGGGCUGUCUGGAAUUUCGUUAUGACGCAGAGAAGCAAGAGUAUCCAGCGAAUAAGUUGGACAGGACCGAUUCUUGGGGAUGUGGCUAUUCUCUGUCUUCGUGCUGAUGAGUAUGAUAAAUGGACGAAAAUUAUUAAUUUCAUGUACACUGAUCAGAAUUCUAUCGUCGGUCCACCGUCUUCAGAUCAGAUCAAUGAGCUUUUUAAUGCGUGUCUCCUCGGUGGUCAUGUGCAAUCUGCUUUGGAUUUGACUCAUUAUUGCUCUGAUAUUGGCUUCGAGGAUGUUCCAUCGAUGGCUUUGAAAAUCUACAGGAAUUUUUCUCUUGCGAAUCACCAGAUGAACAGAUUGAAGGGCUUGGUGGACUUGGAAGUGUUCGAGAAGAUCUCAGAGGAUUCACAAUAACGCAUGGAA